CGCACGUCAACCGCACCGUUCCUACUGCGCCUGUUCUGGAGACAGAACCGCGAACUACUUCCCAAUGAGUUCUCCGUAGCCCCUCCCGAAGACACGACAGGCAUCAGCGACUACUCUAACCUCCUUCCGCAUAACAUUCGGCAGCAAAGCGUCUCCAUCUACACUUGGCCUACCUGCUCCCUUGGGGAGCUGACAGGCCUGCUCACCAGCGUCCUCCCGCCCGGCAUCUUGGCCACUCCUGCAGUAGGCACGCGUCUCGUCUACAAGCUCGUCUUUCCCGACACCCGCGCCGAAGUUAGGGAAGGCGGUCGCGGCAAGUGGAUCGACAAACCACUUGGCAGCGUGGUCAUUGGCGGGCGCGAUGCGGAGCUACAUCACGACGACGAGACCAACGGCGAGAUGAAAGACAAUCUUGAAGGUGACUCGGAACGCACGCUAGGGGAUGCGCGCUUUGUCAUCGGCGACUACGUGGUCUGCACUAUCCUGCCGCCAGGCCAGGACGGCCGAGUAGCAUCUGUACCGCCUUCACGAGCGCCGCCGAGGAUGGACCCGUACAGUAUGCGAGGCCCACCACCGCCGCGGGAGAAUGGCUACGGUGGUGGAUAUGGCAGAGGCGGGUCUGGCUAUCGAGGGGGUUACGGUGAUAGAGGAGGGUAUGCUGGGAGAGGAGGUGGGCUUGGCGCUCCGCCGCCGCCUGGAGAUUGGAGGCGAGGAGAGCGACCGCCAAGCAGCUAUGGU